AUGGCUUUAUAUUGCGGCAAUAGCAGAGCCAUUGCCAGGCAAAUGAGCCUAGGAGCCACCAGCCUCUCGGAAUGUGAUAGUAGUAGUGGUAGUAGUGGUAGUAGUGGUAGUAGUAGUGGUAGUAGUAGUUGUAGUGGUAGUAGUGGUAGUAGUGGUAGUAGUAGUGGUAGUGGUAGUAGUGGUAGUGGUAGUAGUGGUAGUAGUAGUGGUAGUAGUGGUAGUAGUGGUAGUAGUAGUGGUAGUGGUAGUAGUGGUAGUAGUAGCGGUAGUAGUGGUAGUAGUGGUAGUAGUAGUGGUAGUGGUAGUAGUAAGCGACAAAGGAAUGUGAAUGUACACUUGUGUGAAUGA